AAAAGAAUUAUUUAAUGUUUAUGAUAUUUUUGCGUCCACUUUGUGGGGAGAUAUUAAACGAGAAGGGGAAAAAAACUGCCGGACAGAACACGACACACGAGUGGCUUAAAAUCAUGAGAAAAGUGGUGAUGAAAGACAAAAAUAACCAAAGUAUGUCUUUCUAUCUCUCUUAAACAGAGCAAGAAAGAAAGCAAAAUGGAAAACAGAGCAAUUAAGUUGGAAAAAAAAAAAAACAAAAACAAGUGAGCCGCCAUUCAGUCAAACCCACGAGAUUUGACCGAAAUACAGUCAACAAUCCCCCAUGAGACUCCCUUUCCUGGAACCCUCCUCUUCUCCCUUCUCCUUCUUUAACUUUCUCUUUUCACCAUUUCUCUUCACAAUCUCUUCUUCUUCUUCUUCUUCUUCUUCUUCCUCUCUCAUGGCCUCCUCUUCCGGGAGCUUAGACACCUCCGGGAAUUCCCAUCCCUCUUUCACUUUCUCCAGUCAUCCUUUUAUGACUACUUCUUACUCUGACCUUCUCGCCUCCGGCUUCGACGAUCCUCCUUCCUCCGCUGCACCCCACGGUUCUCUCCGGAGUUCCACUACCGGCGUUCCUAAAUUCAAAUCCCUCCCUCCUCCCUCUCUGCCUCUCUCUCCUCCUCCCCUUUCUCCUUCUUCCUUUUUCGCCAUUCCUCCUGGCUUGAGUCCGGCCGAGCUUCUCGAUUCUCCUGUUCUUCUCAGUGCUUCUCAUCCUCUGCCGUCGCCGACUACUGGGAGUUUCCCGUCUCAGUCGUUGAAUUGGAAGAGCAGUUAUGGUUAUAAUCAGCAGAGCAUUAAAGAAGAAAACAAAUAUCUGUCCAACUUCUCAUUUCAGACUCAAUCGUCAAAGCCGCCGCCUUCGUCUUUUCAGCCUUCCUCCACCACAGCUCCGAUGAGUUGGAGUUUUCAAGAACAGGGCAAGAAACAGGACGGUUUUCCGUCGGAGAAUAAUAUGGUGAAGCAGAGCUUCUCACCGGAAUACGGGAUUGUUCAAAACCAGAGCCAAAUCAACGGCGGUGGGCAGUUGCAGUCCGACUACGGCAACAAUUACCCGCAACAAUCUCAGACGGUGAAUCGGAGGUCCGACGACGGAUACAAUUGGAGAAAAUACGGCCAGAAACAGGUCAAGGGAAGUGAAAAUCCGAGAAGCUAUUACAAGUGCACCUUCCCCAGUUGCUCAACAAAGAAAAAGGUCGAAAGAUCCUUAGAUGGACAGAUCACGGAGAUCGUUUACAAAGGCAGCCAUAACCACCCAAAGCCCCAAUCCACGAGAAGGUCGUCGCUGUCAUCCGCCGGUUCUUCCCUAUCCAUGGUGGUUUCGAAUCCGGCCACUAACGAGAUGGCGGACCAGUCAUUUACAACCCAAGGCAGUGCCCAAUUCGACGGCGUUGCAACGCCGGAGAAUUCCUCGAUUUCAAUCGGCGACGACGACUUCGAUCGUAGCUCUCAGAAGAGCAAAUCCGGAGGGGACGACUAUGAUGAAGUCGAGCCAGAGGCGAAGAGAUGGCGAAGGGAUGAGAACAAUGAAGGCAUGUCGGCCGCCGGCAGCCGGACAGUGAGAGAGCCGAGAGUCGUCGUUCAAACCACCAGCGACAUCGACAUUCUCGACGACGGCUACCGGUGGAGGAAGUACGGACAGAAAGUAGUGAAGGGAAACCCAAAUCCAAGGAGUUACUACAAAUGCACAAACCCAGGAUGUCCUGUAAGAAAGCAUGUGGAGAGAGCUUCACAUGAUCAAAGGGCAGUGAUCACAACCUAUGAAGGCAAGCACAACCACGAUGUCCCACCGGCACGAGGCAGUGGAAGCCAUUCCCUCAGCCGUGCAUUCCCCAACAACGACCCUCCAGCCACCGCAAUCCGCCCGUCCGCGGUGGCCCACCAGUCAAACAACGGCGGUCAUCAGUCCCUGCAGACAGCAUUCGCGGUGGAAAUGGUCCAAAAUCCCCAUGGAUUUUCAUUCCCGGAAUUCGGAAACUCAAUGGGAAUGGGAUCGGGAUCUUACAUGAACCAAAACCAACCCAACCAUAAUUUGUUCCCUCGAGCCAAAGAAGAGCCCAGAGAUCAUGACAUGUUCAUCCAAUCUCUCCUAUGUUGACACUAGGGGGGUUUUCCAAUUCUUUUUUCUCUCCUUUUUGGGGAUUUUUACGAAUUAGGCAAAACUUCAAGUCCAAAAAAAAAAAAAAAAAAAAAAAAAAAAAAAAAAAA